CGCGAUCCGAGGAAAAGCAGCGAGAGGAGAGAGCCCCGGAGCGCUGCGGGCAGCGCUGAUUGCGCGGAGUCGGAGCUGAGCCCAGCCCGCUGGCCCGCGGCCCGAGAGGAGGAGGAGGAGAGAGGGAAGGAGGCAGGGAAGAGGCAGGGAAGGAAGGAAGGAAGGAGGGAAGGAAGGAGGAGGAGGAGGUGCCGGCUGUCCCCGCUGCCCGGCGGAGCGAUGCUGGCGGCUGCUGCGCUGUGCGCGGCCGCUUUGGGCUGCGCUGCCGGGGCGCGGCUGCUCAGCGGCCAGACGGUUUGCAGGCGUGGCACGCAGAAACCCUGCUACAAAAUCGUUUAUUUUCACGACGCCUCRCGCAGAACCAGCUACGAGGAGGCUCAGCUGGCGUGCAGGGCUGACGGGGGACACUUGGUCAGCAUCGAGACAGCAGCAGAGGAAAUCAGGAAUUGGUACGCGGAUGAGCCGUCGUGCGGGGCUGAGCUCUGYGGGGUCCUGUACCACCAACCCUCUGCCCCACCCGGCCUCGGAGGACCCUACAUGUUCCAGUGGAAUGAUGAYAGGUGCAACAUGAGGAACAACUUCAUCUGCAAGUAUUCCCUGGAGAAGCCAACAAAAGYGCCAAUAGAGAAUUCCCGAAGAGCUGUUCCAACAGAGCCCUGGAAGGCAGAAUUCCCAGAGGAACGCAGGAGGAAAGGAGCCAAUGGAACAGCUGGGGGAGCCAAAGAACCUGUGCAGAGCCUURCCUACAUCCUGAUUUCCAGCAUUCCUGUGCUGCUUUUCCUGGUGGCCAUCACAGGCAUCUCCUGCUUUUGGCUCUUUGUGAAGAGGCGACAGCAGCGUGUGGCUGCCACCCCGAAAGGUGACAGCGCCUGGCUGCCCAGCCCCGGAGGGGACAGCCCCGACCUGGACAUCUCCAAAGUGCUCAGGAAACAAUCAGAAGCCGACCUGGCCGGGGCCAGACCCGGCACCGAUAAUUCMUCGUUCCGCGGGCGGGAGGGAGCGCGGGGUCCCCGCGGGGACAGCUCCAGCAGUGGCUUUGUCACCCCCGCCAGCCCCGAGAGUGGCUUUGUCACCAACGACAUCUACGAGCUCUGCGGGGACCGCGUGGGGAGGAGCAAAGAGUCCACCUGGGUGGAGAAUGAGAUUUAUGGAUAUUGAGGAAACGGACACAAAAAAACCCCCUGGAAUGUGGGUGUUUUUUAACACGUUUACCUGCCCUGUCUAUGCACUUAAAAUGAUGGUUUAUGUGGUGUUUGUCCUGGGUUGGCCUUGGCCCUGUGUUCUUCUGUUUUCUGGAAGAAUUGGGGUUUUUAAAGAUCCCGACUGAGAAGAAUGUACRGAUUUUGUUUUGCACCGAGCCCGCUUUGUCCUGAGAAUGUCUUGUUGAUAYCCCUGAUUGCCUUUUGUACCAAAGACACGCCGUGAAACUGAAGGACAAUCCCAAAUCCUUAUUUAUUUAUGGACUUACUCCUCUUCAAAGGUGCUAAAAGUUACCUUUUCUGUGUGCUGGAGCCCUGCCUUCUGGAGGUGCUGAACAGCAGAAAGUGGGGAAUGAAUUCCCUGCUCUGCUCUGCUUGUGUGUGCAACUUUUACCGUGCCUAUUAAAUUUCUACAUCYCAACCCGUGAGUUUUCUCACUUUUUACUCRUCCAAUUCUCUCCCUCSUCCUGCUGGGAGGGCCUGAGACAAAGCAGACAAAGAGUGUGAGGCAGGAACACAAAUAUUUCACACCUUUUGUCCUGCAGAUGUUUU